AUGAUGCCCCAGAAGAAAAAGCGGAGGAAGAAAGACAUCGACUUUCUGGGCCUGUACGAGGAGGAGCUGCUGAACUACAACUCAGAGGAUGACGAAGACGAGCUGGAACAUGAGUACUACAAGGCAAAGGUGUAUGAGGUGGUCACAGCCACAGGGGAUGUUCGUGGUGCAGGGACAGAUGCCAAUGUGUUCAUCACAAUCUUUGGAGAGAAUGGGCUCUCUCCCAAGCUCCAUCUCACCAGCAAGAGUGAAUCUGCUUUUGAGAAAGCCAACGUAGACGUAUUCCGGGUGCGGACCAAUAAUGUGGGCCUCAUCUAUAAAAUCAGGAUCGAGCAUGACAACACAGGUUUGAACGCCAGCUGGUACCUGGACCGGGUGAUAGUGACCGACAUGAAGAGGCCCCAUCUCCGCUACUACUUCAACUGCAACAACUGGCUGAGCAAGGUGGAAGGUGACCGCCAGUGGUGCCGUGACCUCCUGGCCAGCUUUGACCCCAUGGAUAUGCCCAGAGGAAACAGGUAUGAAAUCAAGGUGUACACUGGCGACGUGAUGGGUGCAGGGACAGAUGCCGAUGUCUUUAUCAAUAUCUUUGGAGAGUACGGAGACACAGGAGAGCGUAGGCUGGAAAAUGAAAAGGACAACUUUGAAAAGGGAGCUGAAGACAAGUUCAUGCUGGACGCCCCGGAUUUGGGGCAGCUGAUGAAGAUCAAUGUGGGCCACAACAACAAGGGGGGGUCUGCAGGCUGGUUCCUGUCCAAGAUUAUCAUUGAAGAUUUUGGGAACAAAAGGAAAUAUGAUUUCCCCCUUAACCGCUGGCUGGCACUGGAUGAAGAUGAUGGCAAAAUCCAAAGAGACAUCUUAGUGGGCGGAGCUGAGACCACAGCCAUAACCUAUAUUGUCACUGUCUUCACUGGGGAUAUCCGUGGAGCUGGAACCAAAUCGAAAAUCUACUUGGUCAUGUAUGGAGCCAGAGGGAAUAAGAACAGUGGGAAGAUCUUCCUGGAGGGCGGUGUGUUUGACAGGGGCCGCACGGACAUCUUCCACAUCGACCUGGCUGUCCUUCUUAGCCCCCUGAGCCGGGUCUCCAUCGGGCAUGGCAAUGUGGGUGUCAACCGAGGCUGGUACUGCGAGAAGGUGGUGAUCCUGUGCCCCUUCACUGGCAUCCAGCAGACGUUCCCCUGCAGCAACUGGCUGGACGAGAAGAAGGCCGACGGGCUGAUCGAGAGGCAGCUCUAUGAGAUGGUGUCUCUGAGGAAGAAGCGGCUGAAAAAAUUUCCUUGGUCCCUUUGGGUCUGGACAACUGAUCUGAAGAAAGCCGGCACCAACUCUCCCAUCUUCAUCCAGAUUUAUGGGCAGAAGGGGCGGACAGAUGAGAUCCUCCUGAAUCCCAACAACAAAUGGUUCAAACCGGGCAUCAUCGAGAAAUUUAGGAUGGAGCUCCCAGAUCUUGGCAGGUUUUAUAAAAUUCGGGUGUGGCAUGAUAGGCAGAACCCUGGCUCUGGCUGGCAUUUAGAAAAGAUGACCCUGAUGAAUACCCUGAAUAAGGAUAAGUAUAACUUCAACUGCAAUCGCUGGCUGGACGCCAACGAGGAUGACAACGAGAUCGUGAGGGAAAUGACCGCAGAAGGCCCAACCGUGCGCAGGAUAAUGGGGAUGGCCCGCUACCGUGUGACCGUAUGCACAGGAGAACUCGAAGGUGCAGGAACUGAUGCCAACGUCUACCUCUGUCUUUUUGGUGAUGUGGGGGACACAGGGGAGCGACUGCUUUACAACUGCAGGAAUAACACCGACCUGUUUGAGAAAGGCAAUGCUGACGAGUUUACCAUCGAGUCUGUCACCAUGAGGAAGGUGAGGCGGGUGAGAAUCAGACACGAUGGCAAAGGCUCUGGCAGCGGCUGGUACCUGGACAGAGUGCUGGUGCGAGAGGAAGGCCAGGCGGAGAGCGACAGCGUCGAGUUCCCCUGCCUCAGGUGGCUGGAUAAGGAUAAGGAUGAUGGACAGCUGGUCCGAGAGUUGUUACCCAGUGACAGCAAUGCCACGCUCAAGAACUUUCGCUAUCACAUCAGUGUGAAGACCGGGAACGUAUCCGGGGCCAGCACAGAUUCUAAAGUAUACAUCAAGCUCUAUGGGGAGAAAUCUGACACCAUCAAGCAAGUUCUGCUUGUCUCCGACAACAACCUCAAAGACUACUUUGAACGUGGCCGAGUGGAUGAGUUCACACUGGAGACCCUGAACAUUGGGACUAUCAACAGGCUGGUGAUCGGGCACGACAGCACAGGCAUGCAUGCAGGCUGGUUCCUGGGCAGCGUCCAGAUCCGUGUGCCCCGCCAAGGCAAGCAGUACACCUUCCCUGCCAACCGCUGGCUGGAUAAGAACCAGGCAGAUGGGCGUCUGGAGGUGGAGCUUUACCCCAGCGAGGUCGUGGAGAUUCAGAAAUUGGUCCACUAUGAGAUUGAGGUCUGGACGGGGGAUGUAGGCGGCGCAGGCACCACUUCCCGAGUCUAUGUGCAGAUUUAUGGUGAAGAAGGCAAGACCGAAGUACUCUUCCUCUCCAGCCGCUCCAAAGUUUUUGAUCGAGCAUCCAAGGACAUAUUCCAGCUGGAAGCGGCAGAUGUGGGUGAAAUCUACAAGAUCCGACUGGGACACACCGGCGAGGGCUUUGGGCCCAGCUGGUUCGUGGACACCGUGUGGCUGAGGCACUUGGUGGUGCAGGAGGCAAACCUGACACCUGAGGAGGAGGCCCGGAAGAAGAAGGAGAAGGACAAGCUGCGGCAGUUGCUGAAGAAGGAAAGGCUGAAGGCCAAGCUGCAGAGAAAGAAGAAGAAGAAGAGGAAGAAAGGAAGUGAUGAGGAGGAUGAGGGCGAGGAGGAAGAAGAGUCCUCUUCAGAAGAGUCCUCGUCAGAAGAGGAGGAAGAAGAAGAAACAGAGGAGGAGGAGGAAGAAGAGGAGGAGUUUGGGCCCGGGAUGCAGGAGGUGAUCGAACAGUACAAGUUCGAAGUCAACCGCUGGCUGGCCCGGGGCAAGGAAGACAAUGAACUUGUCGUGGAAUUGGUCCCAGCUGGUCGGUCUGGUCCUGAGCCCAACACCUACGAGGUCCAGGUGAUCACAGGGAAUGUGCCCAAGGCUGGCACUGAUGCCAACGUCUACCUGACCAUCUACGGAGAGGAAUAUGGGGACACAGGGGAGCGGCCUCUGAAGAAAUCAGACAAGUCCAACAAAUUCGAGCAGGGCCAGACAGAUACCUUUACCAUCUACGCCAUUGACCUGGGGUCUCUGACCAAGAUUCGGAUUCGCCAUGACAACACAGGCAACAGGCCAGGCUGGUUCCUGGACAGGGUAGACAUCACCGACAUGAAUAAUGAGAUCACGUACUACUUCCCGUGCCAAAGGUGGCUAGCAGUGGAGGAGGAUGAUGGGCAGCUGUCCAGGGAGCUGUUGCCAGUGGAUGAGUCCUAUGUGCUACCCAGCGAAGAUGAGGAGGGUGGAGGACAUGGUGACAACAACCCCCUUGACAACCUGGCUCUGGAACAAAAAGAUAAAUCCACCACAUUCUCAGUGACCGUCAAGACUGGGGACAAGAAGAAUGCCGGUACAGAUGCCAAUGUCUUCAUCACACUCUUUGGCACGCAAGAUGACAAUGGAAUCACCCUCCUGAAGUCCUCCAAGACCAACAGUGACAAAUUUGAAAGGGACAGCAUUGAAAUCUUCACAGUGGAGACGCUGAAUUUGGGAGACCUGUGGAAAGUUAGGAUCGGCCAUGACAAUACAGGCAAGGCCCCAGGCUGGUUUGUAGACUGGGUAGAAGUGGACGCUCCCUCUCUUGGAAAGUGCAUGACUUUUCCCUGUGGCCGCUGGCUGGCCAAGAAUGAGGAUGACGGGGCCAUCGUCAGGGACCUCUUCCACGCUGAGCUUCAGACACGACUCUACACACCAUUUGUCCCUUAUGAGAUCACCCUCUACACCAGUGAUGUCUUUGCUGCCGGAACCGAUUCCAACAUCUUUAUAGUCAUCUACGGCUGUGACGCCGUGUGCACCCGGCAGAAGUUCCUGUGCACCAACAAGAGGGAGCAGAAGCUGUUCUUUGAGAGGAAGUCUGCCUCCCGCUUCAUCGUGGAGUUAGAAGAUGUGGGUGAAAUCAUUGAAAAAAUCCGGAUUGGCCAUGAUAACACAGGCAUAAACCCUGGGUGGCACUGUUCCCAUGUCGACAUCCGCAGGCUCCUUCCUGAUAAAGACGGUACUGAGACCUUGACUUUCCCAUGUGACCGAUGGCUUGCCACCUCUGAGGACGACAAGAAGACCAUCCGAGAACUGGUCCCUUACGAUAUCUUCACUGAGAAGUACAUGAAAGAUGGGUCCUUACGACAAGUCUACAAGGAAGUGGAGGAGCCUCUGGACAUUGUGUUGUACUCGGUACAGAUCUUCACAGGGAACGUUCCUGGGGCAGGGACCGAUGCCAGGGUCUACAUCACCAUCUACGGAGAUCUCGGGGACACCGGAGAACGGUACCUUGGCAAAUCAGAAAACCGCACCAACAAGUUCGAGAGAGGAACGGCCGACACCUUCAUCAUCGAGGCUGCUGAUCUGGGUGUCAUCUACAAGAUCAAGCUCCGCCACGACAACACCAAAUGGUGUGCCGACUGGUACGUGGAGAAGGUGGAGAUCUGGAACGACACCAACGAGGAUGAGUUUCUAUUCCUGUGUGGACGCUGGCUCUCCCUGAAGAAAGAGGAUGGGCGGCUAGAGAGGCUCUUUUAUGAGAAGGAGUACACUGGCGACCGCAGCAGCAACUGCAGCAGCCCUGCUGAUUUCUGGGAGAUCGCCCUGAGUUCCAAGAUGGCAGAUGUGGACAUUGCCACGGUGACAGGACCCAUGGCUGACUAUGUUCAGGAUGGCCCUGUGAUUCCCUACUAUGUGUCAGUGACCACUGGGAAGCAUAAGGAUGCAGCCACUGACAGCCGAGCGUUCAUCUUGCUCAUUGGGGAAGAUGAUGAACGCAGCAACCGCAUCUGGCUGGAUUAUCCCCAGGGGAAGCGAGGCUUCAGCUGUGGCUCCGUGGAAGAGUUCUAUGUCGGCGGCUUGGAUGUGGGCACCAUCAAGAAAAUAGAGCUGGGCCAUGACGGAGCCUCCCCUGAGAGCUGCUGGCUGGUAGAGGAGCUGUGCUUGGCGGUACCCACCCAGGGUACCAAAUACAUACUACGCUGCAACUGUUGGCUUGCCAAGGACCGAGGCGAUGGUGUCACCUCCCGUGUCUUUGACCUCCUGGAUGCCAUGGUGGUGAACAUUGGAGUGAAGGUGCUUUAUGAAAUGACGGUCUGGACGGGUGACGUGGUCGGUGGAGGCACUGACUCCAAUAUCUUUAUGACCCUCUAUGGCAUCAACGGGAGCACAGAAGAGGUGAAGCUGGACAAAAAGAAGGCCAGGUUUGAGCGGGAACAAAAUGACACCUUCAUCAUGGAGAUUCUGGACAUUGCUCCCUUUACCAAGAUGCGCAUCCGCAUUGAUGGGAUGGGGAACCGGCCAGAGUGGUUCCUGGAGAGGAUCCUGCUGAAGAACAUGAACACAGGAGACCUGACCAUGUUCUACUAUGGAGACUGGCUGUCCCAAAGGAAGGGCAAGAAGACACUGGUUUGUGAAAUGUGCGCUGUCAUUGAUGGGGAGGAGAUGAUGGAGUGGACCUCCUACACGGUCUCUGUGAAGACCAGUGACAUCCUGGGGGCAGGCACCGAUGCCAAUGUGUUCAUCAUCAUCUUCGGGGAAAAUGGGGACAGCGGGACCCUGGCUCUGAAGCAGUCAGCAAACUGGAACAAGUUUGAACGGAACAACACAGACACCUUCACCUUCUCUGACAUGCUGAGCCUGGGCCACCUCUGCAAACUGAGGGUCUGGCAUGACAACAAAGGAAUAUUUCCCGGCUGGCACCUGAGCUAUGUUGACGUGAAGGACAACUCCCGUGAUGAGACUUUCCGCUUCCAGUGUGACUGCUGGCUGUCCAAGAGUGAGGGUGACAGACAAACCGUCCGCGACUUCGCAUGUGCCAACAAUGAGAUCCGUGAGGAGCUGGAAGAGACCACCUACGAGAUUGUCAUAGAAACUGGCAACGGGGGCGAAACCAGAGAGAAUGUCUGGCUCAUCUUGGAGGGCAGGAAGAACAGAUCCAAGGAGUUCCUGGUGGAGAAUUCUUCCAGGCAAAGGGCCUUUCGGAAGGGGAGCACGGACACAUUUGAGUUUGACAGCAUCUUCUUGGGAGACAUCGCCUCCCUCUGCGUGGGCCACCUGGCCAGGGAGGACCGAUUCAUCCCCAAGAGAGAACUUGCCUGGCACGUCAAGACCAUCACCAUCACUGAGAUGGAGUAUGGAAAUGUGUACUUCUUUAACUGUGAUUGCCUCAUCCCCCUCAAGAGGAAGAGGAAGUACUUCAAGGUAUUUGAGGUUACUAAGACGACAGAGAGCUUCGCCAGUAAGAUCCAGAGCCUGGUACCAGUCAAGUACGAGAUCAUCGUGACGACGGGCUAUGAACCAGGGGCGGGCACAGACGCCAACGUCUUUGUGACCAUCUUUGGAGCGAAUGGGGACACGGGCAAACGGGAACUGAAACAGAAAAUGCGCAACCUCUUCGAGCGGGGCAGCACUGACCGCUUCUUCCUGGAGACGCUAGAGCUGGGAGAGCUGCGCCAGGUCCGGCUGGAGCAUGACGCCAGUGGCUACUACUCAGGCUGGCUGGUGGAGAAGGUGGAGGUCACCAACACUAGCACCGGAGUGGCCACCAUCUUCUCCUGUGGCAGGUGGCUAGACAAGUCUCGCGGGGAUGGCCUCACCUGGCGAGAUCUCUUCCCGUCUGUCUGA